CAAAAAUAAUCCAGAGAGAUCUUAUGAAACGUCAUCCUGCACGCAUUCAUCCAGUGGACAUGAACAGACACGCACCGGAACAACCAAGAACCAACAUCAUGGGGUUGAUCUUUCCAGAAGCUUUACUUGUGUACUCACUGUGAAUCACUUUUCUGAGCCUACAGACAUUAGUGGGAGGCUCCAGCAAACGCCAUACUCUCUCCACGACGCUGCUGUACAGUCUCUCUUUCACCUUAACUGUAAAAGAUGGCAGAAGAAGAAGCUGGUGUUUUCGUCAACCAGGAGCAGUUCAGCUGUCCCAUCUGUAUGGACCUUCUGCGGGACCCUGUGACCAUUCCUUGUGGACACAACUACUGUAUGGAGUGCAUUAAGAGCUACUGGGAACAGAAGAACCAGAAGUCGUGCAGCUGUCCAGAGUGCAGACAGACCUUCUCCCCGAGACCUGCGCUCAACAAAAACACCCUGUUUGCUGAAGUCGUUGAGAAACUGAGACAGACUGGAAUGCGUUCGCCCACCAUCCCUAGAGUUAAGAGUCAUGAAGUCAUUGCAAAAAAAAAGCAGGACCUCGUCAUGUUCUGUCAGCAAGAGCUUAAAGAGUCACAGAAGGGAUGCCAGCAGGUCAUAAAGGAGCGCGAGACGGAGCUACAGGAUCUGAGUCAUGCCAUAAUCUCUCUCAAGAGCUCUGCUCAGGCAGCAGUGGAAGAGACAGAGAAGAUCUUCAGUGAGCUGAUUCAGGCCAUUGAGGCACUGUGUUUUGAGGUGACAGAGAUGAUCAAAGCAAAGGAGCAGGUGGAACUAGAUGAGGCACAUGGAUUCAUGGAGAAACUAGAGCAGGAGAUCGCAGAGUUCAAGAGGAGAGACGCUGAAUAUGACACGCUUGCACAUCUUGAUGAUGAAACUCAGUUCCUGAAGAGUUAUGAAACACUGUGUAGUCAGCCGGAGUUGGUGACCUCUCCUGCGGUUCUAGUCAAUCCGGACUUUUCUUUUGAGAUGAUGUCGAGAAAACUCACAUAUCUGAGUGAGGACAUUAAAGACCUGUGCAAGAAAAAAUUGGAGAAAUUAUCAAAAAAAGUGACAAACCUGAAGUUUAUUCCUACCCCUGAACCUAAAAUCAGAGAGCAGUUUCUGGAAUAUUCAGGUCCCCUGACUCUGGACCUGAACACGGCUCACAGAAACCUCAGUGUUUCCUCAGAGACAGGCGAGGUGACGUGCAGCAAAACCUCUCUGUCUGUUCCUGACCACCCAGAGAGGUUUGACGGCUAUUACCAGGUCCUGUGCAGGGAGAGCGUGUCCGGCCGAUGUUACUUCGAGGCAGAGUGGAGUGGGAAGGGUCCCGUGCACAUCGCAGUGUCCUAUGAGGACAUCAGCAGGAAAGGAAAGAGCACCCUGUGUGCUUUUGGACACAACGCCCAGUCCUGGAGUCUGGUGUGCUCUGAGGAUACGUAUGCAUUCUGGCACAAUGGACGGGAAACCAAAAUUCCCAAAAUGCAGUGGGCUCGCAGGGCUGGCGUUUAUGUCGAUUUCUCUGCAGGAAUUUUGGCGUUUUACAGCAUCACAGACUCAAUGAAUCUCAUCCAGGUAAUUCGGACUUCAUUUAAUCAACCGCUCUAUCCUGGCUUCAGGAUUAACACUGGGUCUAGUUUAAGACUCUGUUAUCCACUUUAGUGGCAUGAAAUGGAGUUUAUUCAGUUCCCGAGUAUUUGUGAGAAACAUAUGAAGUACGAGAGGCUGGGUAAUACUUUACAAUAUGGUUCCAUUGGUUAACCAUAUUAGUUUGCAAAUAACAAUGAAAAUGCUUCUAAAGCUUAUAGAAGUCUUAGUUAAUGUUAAUUUCAUCAAUUACUAAUAUAACAUUAAAAUCAAAAGUUGUAUCUGUUAAAAUGAUUUAAUGGCCUGUGCUAACAUGAACUAACAAUUAACAGCUGCAUUUUUAUAUUUGUAAUUGUAUACAGUAUAUUUGUAUUUUAACGUAAUAAAUAUGUAAAAGAAAUGCUCAUUUUUCAUUAACAUUGUUAACUAAUGGGAUCUUAUUGUAAAGUUUCACAUAAAGGACCAACACACUCUCAUUGCAAUUCAUAACUAUUAUGAGUUUUGGCUAAUUGGUGACUAAUUCAUAUGCUCUCAUAUGUAAUUUUUUAUUUUAUUUUUUUACGUGUUUCUGUACAAAUCACAUCAUACAAAUUCAUACUAUAUUGCCACCAUGUACAGCAG